AUGCCGGGGCCCGACGCCGCGCCUCUUCAGGCCGAUGACAUGAGAGUGUUGGGCCAGGAUCCCCUCAUUCCCCCCGCGCUGCUCAUCUCCGAAGUUCCCAUGCCCGAUGCCGCCCUCCAGACUGUCGUCAAGGGUAGGCGGGAUGCUGUGGGUGUAAUCAUGGGCCGCGACGACCGCUUGCUGGUCAUUGUUGGCCCCUGCUCCAUCCACGACCCUGCUACCGCGAUCGAGUAUGCGACUCGCUUGAAGGCUCUCUCCGACAAGCUCUCAGGUGAUCUGGUCAUUGUCAUGCGUGCCUACCUUGAGAAGCCCCGCACCACGGUCGGUUGGAAGGGUCUCAUCAAUGACCCCGAUAUCGAUGAGACCUUCCAGAUCAACAAGGGCCUUCGUGUUUCGAGACAGCUCUUCUGCGAUCUGACAUCGACCGGCAUGCCCAUUGCAACGGAGAUGCUCGACACCAUCUCCCCUCAGUUCCUCGCUGACUUCAUCUCGGUUGGCGCCAUUGGCGCCCGGACCACGGAGAGCCAGUUGCACCGCGAGCUUGCCUCCGGCUUGUCUUUCCCCGUUGGCUUCAAGAACGGCACUGACGGAAGCCUCGGUGUGGCCAUUGAUGCUAUUGGCGCCGCAGCCGCGAAGCAUCACUUCAUGGGUGUCACGAAGCAGGGCCUGGCCGCCAUCACAAGGACUUCGGGCAACCAACACGGCUUUGUGAUUCUGAGAGGUGGCUCCAAAGGCACCAACUACGACAAAGACAGCGUUCAGGCUGCGAAGGAGACCCUUGUUAAGAAAGGGCAGAAGCUUGCCAUCAUGGUCGACUGUUCUCACGGCAAUUCGAACAAGGACCAUCGGAACCAGCCCAAGGUUGCCAAGGCUGUUUCUGACCAGCUUCGCGCAGGCGAGACCGCCAUCAUUGGUGUCAUGAUUGAGUCCAACAUCAACGAAGGCAACCAGAAGGUCCCUGCCGAAGGCCCUUCGAAGCUGAAGAAGGGUGUGAGCAUCACCGAUGCUUGCAUCGCCUGGGACACUACUGUGGAAGUCCUCGAGGACCUCGCGGCCGCUGUUAGGGAACGCAGGUCCUUGAGCGCCGGCCAGCAAAAUGGUUCGCCGAAGACCACACUUCUAGAGGAGGACUAA